GUGGCCGACUCCGCCUACUAAGGGCUUCACGGCAACUCUGCAGAAUCCUAUGACCUAAGGACAACCACAGCUGUAACGGGGAAUUCAACCCAAGUCAAUAAGGUUGCCUCAAAUGCCUCGAGCUCAAACAAAUAUGAGGCAAAAAGAAAACGCAAAUGGUUGCCGGAGUGGAAGAAAACCUUCCCAUUUGCUGAAUUUGAUGCAGAGACAGGCAUGAUGUUCUGAAAAAGCUGUCGUGCUUUUCCCAGUCUUGCGAAAGGGAACAACCUUUUCGUUGGUGUGGGUGGUGGCAAAAUCCGGAUAAAUCACUCCAAGAACACAGCAAAACGACAUCACAUUCUGACUGCGAAGGCGCUCAGGCUGCGAAAGUAAACCCAAGCGGAACAUCCAUGGCUUGUGUCCUACAAAAGAUGUCAGAGAAUGUCAGAGAAAAGAUGACAAAGCUAUUUAAUAUAGCUUACUUUGUGGCAAAAGAAGAAGCCCCCUUCACCAUGUUUCCAAGCCUAGUUGACUGGAGCUGUCAGCGCUUGACAGCAUAAAAUCAGUGCCUCUGCUGGCUGAAUUAAAGGAGACACUGAAUGGUGUCUACAAGCACUACUCCCACUCUGCAAAAGCUUCCCGUGAGCUCCAUGCACUUGGGAAAGUGAUGGGCAUAAAUGUGGUAAAAUCAGGUAACAUUGAUGGACAAGAUGGCUUCCACAUAUGUCCAGGGCCCUUGAAGGUUUGGUGAAAAACUUCAAAGUUACCCUGGUUCACUUUGAGAACCAUGCUAGUGAUCCAAAUGACAGGGAGGCAAGUGCCUUAAUGAAAGGGAGAGCACGUGCCAUUCAUCGGUCCCUGACACAGUACAAGAUGGUGAUGUUCAUUCACUUGGUGUUGGACAUUCUUCAGGAGCUGAAGCAGCUCAGCCUGCUGUUUCAGAGGGAUGGACUGACCUUGCAGAUGGUCUCUGAUGGACUUCAAACGACAACAUUGUCACUUGUAGCCAUGCAGACAGACCCAGACCCAAGGCUCCAGAAGGUACUGGAUGAGGUUGGACCUGGAAACACCUGGCAGAAUGUCCAGCUCAACAGGAGGGAAACGGACAAUUCCACCUUCAACUCACUAAAGCUCCGCCUCAUUAACGACCUGUGCAGGUUUCUGUCAGCACGCUUUGGGAAUCUGGAGACAGGGAUUCUGAAGGCAACCUCCACCCUCUUUGAUCUGUCUAACUGGCCAGAAGACACAGCUGAACUGGCGACAUUUGGCAAUGCUGAGCUCAUGGAAUUCAGGGAGCAUUUCCAAUCCAUCCUUGCAGAAUGCGGGGACUUUACUUCUGGAGAGGCAGCUAAGAGAGAGUGACUUGACCUGAAAGUCCUCGUACAGCGUCACUACAGGCACAUUG